GAUGUUUCAAAAAGCACACGUUCUUGCUGGAAGAACGGAUAGAGUGGACAGAUAUACGAAAUGUCACUGCAUAUAUCAUGAAGUGACAGCUUCUCCACGGGAAGGACGGCUCCUUCUUCGCCAUGUAUUUAUGAAUCACAUCGUUGCAUUCGUCCAUCCCUGAGGUCGAGACACACUUCUCUCUCCGAUUUUUUUUACCUGCGAGCGAAGUAUUCCGCUAUUAUGAGUCACUAUCUCGUAAGGAAGUGCGUUGGCACAAAUUAUCUUUCUCACGUGUUAACACGCACUCAACCUGUAACGUGCGUUCGAAAGUGCCAUUACGCUCGCGAUAUAGAAAUAAAUCUGAGUAAUGGACCGAUCAGUAUUUUAAAGCAGAAAAUUGGCAGAGGUGAGUUGGUGAGCGAUGCGCACCAAAUGCAGGUGGCACAGAUCCUGCAGAGAAUCUACCAAGAAACAUAUGAUUACAAGCCGCAGCAAUUAAACUUACUGGAGAAAUGGUUUGGCAGCAAGAGGAGGGAAGCGCCGAAAGGCUUGUACAUUUAUGGAGCAGUAGGUGGAGGUAAAACAAUGUUGAUGGACCUAUUUUACAAUUGUUGCCAGAUUGAGAACAAGAAAAGAGUUCACUUUCACUCCUUCAUGCUGGAUGUGCAUAGCAGAGUGCAUGAGGUGAAAAAGACGAUUGUGCGAGAUGUUACCAGCACUAAACUGCAACCUUUCGAUCCAAUAGCUCCAGUCGCGUCCAGUAUCGCCGAGGAGGCUUGGCUACUGUGCUUCGAUGAGUUUCAGGUGACGGACAUCGCGGAUGCCAUGAUAUUAAAGAGAUUGUUCGCGGAGCUCUUUGAUAACGGCGUGAUAGUAGUGGCGACUAGUAACAGAUCGCCGGACAAUCUGUACAAAAACGGACUACAGAGAGGGAACUUCGUGCCGUUUAUCCAGAUGCUGAAAAACUAUUGCGCCGUCAGUAACUUGGAUUCCGGAAUAGAUUACCGAUUGAAGUCGGCGUCCGGCAACAAGAAGAUAUACUUUAUAAAGGGCAAGGAUGCGGCGAACGACGUGGACAAAGUCUUCAAGUAUCUGUGCUCCAUGGAGAACGACGUUGUACGAGCGCGUACGAUUUCUAUAAGGGGACGCAACGUCGCCUUUCGCAAAACCUGCGGCCAGGUGCUCGACUCGACAUUCGAGGAAUUGUGUGACAGGCCCCUCGGAGCGAGCGAUUAUUUGGGAUUGAGUCAAGUGUUUCACACGGUCAUAAUAAAGGACGUGCCGCAGCUGAAUUUACGACUAAAGUCACAGGCCAGGCGAUUCAUCACGCUCAUCGACACGCUGUACGAUAAUAGGGUGCGGGUGGUCAUGUCAGCGGCUGUGCCACACACGCAACUGUUUUUGCCGGAAAGGGAGUCCGAGUACACCGAUGAGAAAAGGAUGCUUAUGGAUGACUUGAAGAUCUCUCACGAUUCGGAGGAUCACAAGGCAAGUAUUUUCACCGGGGAAGAGGAACUGUUCGCGUUCGACCGUACAGUAUCGCGUCUAGCUGAGAUGCAGACUUCACAGUAUUGGGAACAGUGGGAACACCAUAGAUAAUGAUGUCUUUAAUUAGAAUGAGUAGAUUUAUACAUAGCAUUAUAUAGGAUGAAUUUCUUUCGUACGUAACGCAUAAGUAUUGACAAUUUUUACGAGAUGAUCUCACUUGCAAAGUCAUUAAAAUUUCCGUCGGAUAUAGUUCCACCUGGAACGUAAAACGUUUCAUACUUUGUCAGUAUUUUGCUUCUUUCGUAAAUUAUUUCUGGAAGUUUGAACUAACAUUAAGUUAUUCGUACUUAUUAUGAUACGCCUGUAGACACCAAUUCUACCUAACAAACGUAUGUAUUUAUGUAUAUAUGUAAAGUUCUAAUUACACGUGAGAUUUUUUGCAAUGUC